AUGUCGAAACACAAAAGACGGGAUACAACGCGACUUAAACGGGUUACAAAAGUAGACGAGGAUAGUAGACGAGCUGAUAUCUCGUCGAUUCUCCGAGCUAUGAGCUUAGGAUCGAAAAAUACCAUAAUACCCUUCUCUCUCGAAAGGGAUAUUUAUGGGCUUUUUCCUGGGCCGGGCCCUUUUGUUGGGGUUGGAUCUACCCCUAACAAACUUUCACGGGAUUUAGUAGAGGAAGUGCUCGUUAGGGUUCCGUUCACAUCUCUGAGAGCAGUAAGAUUGACUUGCAAAAACUGGAAUGAUGUAUGCAAAGAUGGGAGCUUUAUAAAGAAGCAUAUCGUCGAAGCAAAGAAGAAGCAAGUGAAUGAGUUUGAGAUUAUCAUAAUGAUGAAUUAUAAAAUUUAUCUAAUGAGUGUCGAUCUCCACAGCAAUGUCGAUCCAUCUAUUACGCUUAAAGGUACACUUUUUAGCCUGAAGGAUGAAGCAAAUCAUCAUCAGGUCGAUUAUAUAAUUAGAGUCUUUCACUGUGAUGGUGUACUCUUAUGCAUCACCAAAGACCUCAAGUCUAGCCUUGUGGUUUGGGAUCCUUAUUCUGGGCAAACAAGGUGGAUCCAACCCAGAGAUCGUUACCACGAUUUGGACAAAUACGCUCUUGGGCAUGACGAGAAGAAGAAGUACAAAAUCUUUAGAUUUGUGGAUUAUUCUUACGCCUAUAGGGUAGAGGAACGAAUAUGUGAGUUAGAACUCUAUAGUUUUGAGUCUGAUUCAUGGAAGGUUGUUCUUACUGUCCCUCCUGAGUGGGAAAUAGAUUAUUAUCACCGUGGCGUUUCUCUUAAGGGUAAUACUUACUGGCAUGCUACUAAUAAGGUCCAAAGAAAAGGCCGAUACGAUGUUUUCUUGAUCUGUUUUGACUUUACAACAGAGAGAUUUGGACCGCCCCUGCCUCUACCUUUUAACACUUGUUGUAUGGAUGAUAUCGUUACUCUCUCUAGUGCUGGGGAAGAUCAGUUAGCGGUCUUGUUUCAGGACGGUUUGACAUCGGCGAUGGAGAUUUGGGUGACGAGUAAGAUUGAGCCUACAGAGGUCUCGUGGAACAAGUUGUUUUUAGCGGAUUAUAAGGGCCCAGUCAUUGGUACCGACAUUCUGACGACAAACGAUAGGAGUUUCUUCAUUGACGUCAAGAAUAAUGUUGCAGUUGUUUUGGAUAGAGGUGCGUCUUCUUGCGCCCGCUACAUUGCUUACAUCAUUGGGAACAAUGAAUACUUCGAAAAAGUGGAUCUCGGCGAAUCUGCAGACCCGAAUUGUUGCCCACUCGUGGAUCUCGGCGACCCGAAUUGUUGCCCACUUGUCUGUUCUUAUGUUCCAAGCACAGUGCAAAUCAGGCAGCUCUAACCUGCUGAUUAUUAUUAACUACUGUUUUCUUUCCUGACCAUUGUUAUCAGUUAUCUGGA